UCUUUCCGAAAUGACCUCGUCCUGUGGAUCAAAAUAACACAUGAGUGUCAGGCUAAACUUAAAUAAUUCAGCUUAUCUUUGGUUCGAAGUGUCCGUCUAGGGAGCUAAAUAUUGCAGAACAUCAGAGUGUGUUUUAAUGCGCUCUGAACGACAGCAGUGAGGAUGUGUUCCGCAGAGGACGGCAGCGGGAAAGCAAGCGCGCAGCAGCCGGGUAGUGGGAAAGCAAGCACGCAGCAGCUGGGCAGCGGUCAAGGGGAGUCGGGCUACAGGAGUCCCGGGCUCCGGGGUGUCAGAACCACAUCACUGUUCCGCGCUGUCAACCCGGAGCUCUUCAUCAAACCUAAUAAGCCGAUGAUGGUUUUUGGACUAGUGACCAUCAGUCUGUGUGUGGGGUACCUGGGCUAUCUGCACGCCAUCAAAGAGAACGACCAGCAGCUGUACGAGGCCGUAGACAGCGAGGGAGAGAGAUACAUGCGGAGGAAAACCUCCAGAUGGGACUGAAUAAUGGAGCCAAAAAUCUCAACCUGUGCUGCGUUUCUAAAAGCAUCGCGAGCUUAAGAUGAUCGUAGAGACCAUUGGUGCCAAUGGAUUCUAUGAUCUACUUAGCUUACGCUGCCUUUGGGAAACGCAGCCCGAACUCUAAAUUAAAAGGACAGUUCACCCAAAAAUGAAAAUUCUCUCAUCAUUUUCUUACCCUCAUGCCAUCCCAAAUGCGUAUGACAUUCUUUCAAUCCCAGCAAACACACAACGUCCCCUAACCUUUGCGUAUAGUUCCCAUUUCGUUCCAAUUCCUAAUGUUCUAAGAAUGUUCUCUUUAGGUUCUUUAUUUUAUAGCCAUAAACUAAUGUUCCAAGAACGUUGCAGGGUGGUUUUUGUGGGAUAACCUAAACAACCUGUAUACAGAACAUUCUAGUGGUUAUUUUUAGGUUUUCUUCUUUAUAAUUAUAAACUAAUGUUCCCAGGACAUUGCAGGGUGGUUUUAGUGGAUAACAAAACAUUCUCUAGUGCUUUUUUGGGGGGGUAUUUAUGAUAUACUAUACUAUAUAUUUUAGGUUAUAUUCUGCAUCUAAUACAUGUACGCACUUAGGUCUGCACAUACUUUAUUCGACCAUCUUCCACAUAGCUUUUAUGCACCCUUUAAGGGCACUGUGAGAAAAAGAUACAACUUGAAAUGUCAUCCCCAAUCAAAGUAAGAACAUGUUUAUUUCCACAUGACUCCUAGCGAAGAGGACAUUCAUACAGUACAUACAUGCUCCCUUCAGAGUGUCCAGAUGAAGAGCUGAGUGAAUCGGGCAUAGGGAGGAUUACUUUUGAUUUGAAAUCACCCUUGCUGUAUAUAAAUCUGUGCGCUGCUGAAUUAAAAAAUGAACGGUCAUUUCUGUGGAAGAACUCGCUGACUGGCAUGCUGACAUUCAUUUGUCGAUUUCCUCAAGCAAUAAUUGCUUCUAGAUGUGAGAUUA